AUGGAAGAUAAAAACCAAAGUGAAGUACUCACAAUAAAAGAUUCAACAAAAAUAAUAAAAUCUGGUGAACCAAUCGACGCAGAACCAUUAAAAUUAAAAGUGUAUAAGAAGAGAUGGCUAAUACUGAUCAUUUACAUGAUUUAUGCAGGAUCGAAUUCUGCUCAAUGGAUAGAAUAUUCGAUUAUAACCAACAUAGUUACUAGAUAUUAUGGAGUGUCUUCGAUAAUGGUUGACUGGACUUCGAUGUCGUUCAUGGCAUUUUACGUGAUGUUUAUAUUUCCAGUGUCGUACAUGACAGACAAAUGUGGUCUGCGAUGGACUACCAUUAUAGGUGCUGGUUUUAACUGUCUGGGUGCCUGGAUAAAAACGUUUUCCAUUCAACCAGAUAGAUUUUACGUUGCUUUCAUUGGUCAAUCAAUAGUCGCCUUCGCGCAGACUAUGGUCCUGCCGUUACCAGGACGAGUGGCCGCGCAAUGGUUUCCUCCUACUCAACUCUCGACAGCUACUUCUUUAGGUGUUUUUGGCAAUCAAUUAGGAGUAGCAUUGGGUUUUCUUUUAGGGCCUAUAAUAGUAAAAAAUCACAAUAAUUUAGAUGACAUCGGCAAAGAUUUGUCACGUUUAUGUUGGAUGGUCACAAUUGUCUGCACAAUUGUAUUCGUUCUUGUGCUUACGUUAUUUCAGAAUGAACCAAAAUUACCACCGAAUGAGAUGCGGGCAUUGCAAAAGAUAAGUCGGACGGAAAAGAGAGAAGAAUACGUGGAGCCGAUUAAAAGACUUUGCAAAAACAAAAACUUUAUCAUGCUCUGUAAUUCCUAUGGUUUGAACGUCGGCGUGUUAAACGCUGUGUCUACAUUACUCAAUCAAAUAUUUCUCGCACAUUUCGAGAAUGGAGAAGAAGAUGCAGGCAGAAUUGGCUUAGCCAUAAUUCUCACCGGUAUGGCCGGUUCUGUUAGUUUUGGUAUCAUCCUUGAUAAAACGCAUAAAUUCAAACAAACUGCCGUGACUGUAUAUUUUCUUACAUUCUGUGGUCAAAUACUAUUCGCAGUGUUUACUUGCAUGGGUGUAAAAUGGAUGGUAUACGUAUCGGCGAUUUUCUUAGGAUACUUUAUGUCGGGAUACCUAGCACUGGGGUAUGAUCUAUGCACUGAAUUUACAUAUCCGGAGUCAGAAAAUAUACCUGCGGGAAUUCUCAAUAUAACAACCAGCAUUUAUGGCAUCAUACUCAUUAUAUCUUUAGAAUUAUUAAUGCACAUGUACGGCGACAUUCCGGUGCACAUUGGUUUAUGCUUGGCUUUAUUGCUCGGUUCCAUUUUGACCACGAUAACAAAAGACGAACAGAGACGACAAGACGCGAGGAAAAAGGCCCAGUAUGAAGGAAUCGUCAGAAUUGAAAAGAACGUCGAAAGCAUAUCAGAAACGAAUGAACUUACUUAUAACAUUACUUAAU